AUGACUUUUUUUGCUUCUAUUGACAUUCCAUCGCUUUUAAUUCUCAUUUUGAUUGCUUAUGUUUCGCAUUACUAUUAUAAAUAUUUUACUCGCGAGAGUCCUCUCCCAGGUCCCAUCCCCUUACCACUUGUCGGAAAUAUCUUUACAAUUUUCGGAGACAUCUCUAUCUGGCCUUUAGAGCUGCAGGCCAAAUAUGGCGACAUGUUCGAAAUUUAUAUGGGCUCCAAACGCAAAAUCUGGUUGUGCAAUGAAGAAUUGACGCAAAAAAUCUUUAGUCCAACCAUCAAUGGCAAUUUCCAUAAUCGACUUAACGAAGACUCUGAUCUCCGUGAGAUUGGUGUACUCAAUACCGGAUUAGCAUUCAAUAUAGACUACGAACAUUGGGCAUACAUUCGGAAAUUUUAUUCGAAAGCCAUUUUCUCACCAGCUUUUAUGAGGCAGGCAUUAACUAGCACACAAACUUCAUUUCAGAAGAUGGAGGAUUAUUGGAUGAAGCUUGAAGAAGGAACCGUGUUGGAUUUCUCUGAAUGGAUGAGAAGUCUUUUUUCGGAAAUAACAUUCCUUCUUACCACACGCAAAUCCUUACACACCCUGACUAAUUACUACAACAAAAUAUCACAUAAUAAAGACAAAGAAGUUUCUGAUAUUGUAUUAAAAGAAAACGAAUAUGUUUCGAAAUGCGCUUCCGAAUUUGCUAGUGCCGUAGUUUGGUUUUUAAUAAUCCCCAGAAUCGUCAGAAAUCUCCCCGGAAUUAGUCAGCGUACAAAAAAAUAUAAGGAACAAGUUAAAUGGUUGAGGAGCAAUCUUCUUAAAAUUGUUAAAGCUCGAAGGGAAGAAAUUGAAAGGACCCCCGAGAGCGAACAGUUGACCCCCGAUCUUUUAACGAUGUUUUUAACGGUUAACACUUCACGUGACUUCACCAAAGGAAUUGCGGACGACAUCAACAGUAGACCAAUGACUGAUGAAGAAAUUGCCCCAAUUUUCAUGGAAAUUUCUUCCGCUGGAACUACUUCUUUGACAAAUUCAAUUUGCUACCUAUUUUACACGAUAUCCAAAUAUCCUAAUGUGAAGCAACGAAUAAUAGAGGAACUUGACGUUGUUUUUGGUAAAGACCCAAAUUCCCAAAUAACUUAUGAAGGUAUUAACAAAUUGUAUUAUUGUGACGCUGUCUAUAAAGAAGUUGGCAGAAUUUCAUCCAUCACACCGUUUAUUAAUAAGAAAAAUAAAGUACCCGAACAAAUCGGUGACUAUGUGUUUCCGGAAAAUACCGAAUUCUUUAUAAACUUCCGUGCAAUUCGCAAAAACAAAUCAAACUGGAAGGAUCCAGAAUUAUUUAACCCUGACAGAUUUAUGGACGAAUCACACCCCGAUUAUAAAAAAGAUGUCUAUAUAUUUGGUGGCGGAGUAAGAAAAUGUCCUGGAAGAAAUUUGGCAAAGCUUCAAUUGAAAGCUACACUAGCCUUGUUCUUUAGAAAAUAUGAUAUCGAACUGGUGAAUAAGGAGGCUCCUUUGAAAUUCAGUAAAUCGCUACUAAAGCAAUGCAUUGGGUUUGAAGUGAAAAUCAAGAAACGAGAUUAUUAA